AAACGUUACUGCUAAAAUAAGACGGAGAAAUGUGCAUCCAGAAUAGCACAUUUACGAAAAAUGGUCUACUGCGGUCAUUUAAUCAAGCGUUGAAAUGCUCCGUGGAUGUAACGACAAAAUUGACAUUUUUCUAACCAAAUUUGGGACGUGAUACAAAAAAGUCUUUUUAGGGCCGUUUAAUAAACAGAAGUGGAUGUUGUCAAGUCCCAAAAUCAAGGCAUCAUGGUGAGGUUGGAGCUCGAUCAAGUGGUGUUCAGGAGGAUGAAGGAAGAUGAUGUUGACAUGGUCAAAGCUCUCAUUAAGGAGGGCUGCGAAGGCAUGGAAAACCGCCUCAUCCUGCACGUCCUCACACGUCCACUUUGCCUCUUUAUUCUGGCUGUUUUUUCAUCUGCUCUGCGUUGCCUCAUUCACUCCUUCAUCCUGGCUCUUGCCAUUCCUGUUUUCCUGCUCAUCAUCUACCUCAAAAUCACCAUGCCACGCUCGACAGGGGUUCUGGGUUGCAGUCGCCCCUCGUGGGACUAUGUCGGCAGCAGCUUCAGGGGGACACAGGAUGAGAUACUAGAGAAUCCUUAUUCGAGGAUUAGUGGCAAGAAAAUCAUAACGAAAAAGCCAAGGCGCAGAAUCGGAGCCAAAGAAUUCGACAAGGAAGCGACAACAGAGACAAUCACUCCAGAGAGGGAGCAGGCAGCAGGGCUAGUCUGGGUGGCGGAAAGCGAGGGUGAAAUCCUGGGCUGCCUCUUCCGAGAGAGCGAGAAGCGAUCCGGUGUCAGGCGGUUGUGUCGACUGGUAACGGGCAGCUGGUACCGCAGGGAGGGCCUGGCUCGGCUCUUUAUCCAGAGCCUAGAGCUCAAGGAGAGAGAAACAGGUGCGUACAGAGUGUACGCACACGUGCCCUACCCGUCCAAGGUGGGCGAGGUCUUCUUUAGGAAACUGGGCUAUGUGCAGCCAGGUGAGGAGCCUGAAGAAGACGCAAAUGACGAAGAACAGCAAGAGAUUCCAGAGAGGGGGUUUCUGGGAUAUCCACUCACCAAGGUGUUUUACAAAGACUUGUGAUGCACAUGCCUCCAUACAGGAGUGACUAUAAAUGCACAAAUUGGAUGUUUCAUCUUAUAAAGCAGCACUGCUGCUUCAUGUAAGGACAUUUAAGUCUGCUAAAUAUAUUAUUUAUACGUAUAUAUUUAUUAACUCCAAGAUGCUCUGCUAUUAUCAUGGCUGGUUUUGUCUGUUGUUUAACUUCAUGUCAUAAGUUGUUUUUUUUGUUCCAAUAAACUUCCUGAUGCCAUAAAAAUGCACUCAAAUAGCAAUCCCUAAUUCAUAUCGUAUUAAUUAUUGGAAAACGUAACAUUUUGUAAUCAUGAGAAAGGAUUUUUUUUAAUCACUUGUAAUUCGCGAUGCCAAAUACGAGGUUGGUGUAGAAACUGCACAUCAUUUUUUCAGACUUCCUUUCAAACUUCCUCAUUAUUCAGAGUGAGAUUUAUUAUAACUGAAAAGCUUUUGUCAUAGGCAAAAUUUAAGUGAAAUAUAUGGCAAGACAGUCAGAAAAACCUGCAAUUUCAUAUAACAAUGUCAGUAAAGACAAGCUGUUACUCUAAUUAAAGUUUUAUAUAACUAAGUUUUAUAUAGGGGUGGGCGACCGGCCCAAAAAAUAUCACAAACUCAAUGUUUUUCACGAUUUUUUUUUUUAACUUGGUUUUCACGUUUUUUUAACUGUUACUUUUCAUACAUUGGCAUCUACCAUUGUAUAUUAGCAUUAAGCUAGUAAGCGCUUGAAAAAUGAAAUACAUUUUUUAUUUUAGUGCACAAAAUCUGCGAUUAUCUUUGUGUGUUUAGCUUUCCAGUUUACCUCACCUAGAGUGUAAUAAACUGCUUGAAAACUCUACAUUGGACUGACAAAUCUGCCAAACUAGACAAUUUGCAUAUGUAUAUCCUUAUACAUAUGGUCGAUUAUAUAUGACAUGCCUGAUCACCAAAAUCUAAGAAUAAUUUUUAAUAUCGAUCUUAAAAUUUUCCAGUAAUAGCUUUACUUUAGUUGUGCACAAGAAAUGUUUGUGUUGUUUAACAAUAUUUGAUUAAAAUAAAACGCUGUUAUCACAAUUGCAAGUUGUGUGUAGCUGGCUUUCAAGAUAAAUACACGUUACUUCGAUUUCAUAAAACAUGACAAGAGCUCAUAAUUUAUAAUAUGGUGAACUAUUUAAGGAAUAUACUGUAUGUGUGGACCUUUGUGCAUUUCCGAACAGUAAUGUGUGAAAACUGUACUAUAGAUGUGAGGAAGGAUGCACAUUUACUGUAUAGGAAGUAAUUGUGGUUUAUAUGAGUAUGCAUUAUGGUUUGUCUUCAUGUGUAAGCGCUGCUUCUCUCCCAUUGCUCACCUGCAUAAGAACACCUUUGUAUUAGUUACACUAGCACAAUCUAAAAUCUCAAAAAUUUGCUUCCGAAUUCAUCUUAGUUUGUAAAUUUUGGUCGUCACUAAGGUUAUUUACAAACCAACCAAUAAGAAUACAGUUGAUAAUUUUAGCUCAGCCCUGCAAUUUUAGUAGUUCUCUCUUUGGGCCAUGCUACUCCUAAAUCAAGUUGUGCUGUGACAGAUGGAUAAACAAACCGACCAGCGUUGGACACGAGCGUCCACUCUCACACGUUGCCAAAAUACCGCACGACUAGACUAACCUCAGAUGGUGUCAGUGAAUGUUGCAUCAAUCUGCCACGGCUUCCAGACCACAGCGUAGACAGGAUGUUUGUACAAUGCUAAUGUGAAGGGAGACUGCUACAUCUCAUGUGAGGCUGACAGUAGCAGGUAUUAGAGCAAAUUUGUUGUUUUUACUUUCACCGAAAGUCCUUCAAUUUAGUUUUUAUUAGUUUUGGUAGUAGUAGGUUCAGUUUUUGUUCUUUAUACGGGUGCUUCUUGUAUGCAAGAUUUAAACGAAUUUCACAGUAAGUAAGGAGUAAGUAUAAGAGAACUACAAUUCCCAGUCUUGGCUUGCUUGUGUACAAUGUACAAAUAAAAUUAAUUUUCGCUCACUAAGUGGAGUCGACACCUGAAAAAAAAAACUGGCUUAAAAACACAAUUGUGCCACAUUUUACGCUGCAAAAACAGGGCCUAAUGAUAGAAAAAGAAUGGUAAACAUCAAAACAGAGACCUUGGUGUGAAAAUGAUAUGAAAAUAAUGUUUUGCUAUGUGAAAAUAAACAACAUUUAAAAUCAUUUGCAGUAAAGAUUUGCCUUUCACACUCUUGUAUUGUUUUGUUUUCAAAAAAAUUUUUUUUUUUUUUUUUUUCAACACAUUAAAUCUGUGUACAAACUUGGCAUUGUUAAUUGUGUGCACUAAUAAAAUAGAUACCUGGAAAAAAAAA